GUUGAUGUUGUUGUAUUAAAAUCCACAUGUUCUUUUUUAUUUACCAAAUAGCUCUUGGCAGUUACAAAAGAGACCAACGCUAGUACAUUGUUAAGGGAUGCAUUCAUUGAGCUCCAAACAACUUGCACGCAAGGAGAAAAAGAAAAAGAAGUUGGCAGCAUUAGCCAGUCUCGUCAAGUCAAAUGAUCAGGAUCGAAUAGAGGAGAUUAUGACUGAAAGAACGAUUGAACCGAGUAGAGACAAUGGUGCUGAAAACGAUGAUGGUUUCACCAAGGUUACACACAAGAAGAAACAGGGUAAAAAGAAGGCCGAUUCCAGUAAUGUGGACGAACCAAUUGUUAAGAAACAAAAAACGUCAAAGACCCUAAGCGAUGCAACCGAUAGUGAGGAAAUGCUGAAACUAAAUUUGACCGAAGAUCAAUAUAAAUUGUUGAAGAAGGAACUGCGUGAAAGGAAGCGGGCUUUAGAAAGUGUACCCUAUUUGAGGCUCAGAGAAGCUGGAGAAAAGGCCCUUCUUAUCGUCGAUGAGGCACAAAGACAACCUUUAUUUUUGACUGACAUUCAACACUUGGUAAUGGCGGCAUUGCUAGGCAGAAAGUCACCGUGCAAACCUGAACGUUGGUGUUUUUUUGACGAACCUGAUAGUCUGUCCCAUACAGUGGUCGUUUGUCUGGAUGGUUUGUCACUCUUCCAUUAUCUCUCGAAUAAGGGCAAAUUUCAAAAACUUGACAACAUUUUUGAAUCGAGCUUGGAAGUUAUUAUGCCGCAAAAUGUUAAGGAAGAUGGGUUUGUUAUGGCCGAGGAACUAAUACAAGUUCCCAUGACAAAUGUGCAGGCCUUCGAGUAUGUCAAGACCCAUGGCUCUCUGGAAGCAGCCAUUGAAUUGAACAAAGAUCCAACCUUGAUAAUAAAGUCAAUAUUUCCCGUAGAAAACAAGGAAGUGGUGCAAGAUUUACAUCCCAACGACAAAUUUCCCAGGACAAAGCUCCUCUUAUCCGCCUUGCAGAUGAUCGAGGAGGGCUAUCCUAUGCCCCUGCGUGGGGAGCUAAGCAAACAGUACAAUUCAUACAUGUUGACACGAAAGCAAUAUGCUCCUGUUACGAAUCGCAGUCCUCUCUUCGGUGUAGAUUGUGAAAUGUGUCACACUUCAAGUGGGGUAAAUGAGUUAACUCGCAUAUCAAUAGUGAAUGAAAAUCUUGAAACCGUUUACGAAUCUAUGGUACGGCCAGACAAUAAAAUUAUAGACUAUCUCACACAGUUUUCGGGCAUAACAGCGGAAAUGAUGAGGACUGUUACCAAACGUUUGUCAGAAGUUCAACAUGAAGUUCGAGAUAUUCUUCCCGAUGACGCCAUAUUGGUGGGGCAAUCGUUAAAUUGUGAUUUGAAUGCAAUGCGCAUGAUGCAUCCGUACUGUAUAGACACAAGUGUUUGCUUUAAUUUGAGUGGUGUGAGGAAAAGUAAAGCCAGAUUGCAAAAGUUGGCUUUUGAGUUUUUGAAGGAGACCAUUCAAGAACAUGCUUCCGGCCAUGACUCCACAGAAGAUUCCAUCUCUUGCUUGAAAUUGGUAAAACUAAAGUUAGCCAAUAGCUUGGAAUUUGGCGAUGAAGUACUGAUACAAAAGAAACGACUUCAAGACAUAAUGUUGGCUGCUAGUGGCGAGGCAGUUCGUAAUAAUAUGCUGGCUCACGCUUCAAAAAGAGACCGUCAUACUGCUAUCAUAACGUCAAAGCCACUGCCUUCGAUUGUUCAAAAUUUGAUUGAAAAAGCCGAACAAGCCUUUCCGGACAAUGCAGUAAAGCCGGUUCGUGUGGAUGAAGUUAAUUCAAACAAAGAGGCUGUGCGAAAGUGUCGAGAAAUUGCUUUGGAAAAUGCUUUAACGAUAUGUAAUUUGCAUUUUACCCCUGAAGAUAUGCUCGCUUCCACGUUUGAGGGAACAGUGGAGAAUAUAAACAAAUGGGUAGCAAAAAUCUGGAAAAGUAUGGCACACAAAGGACUUCUUGUAGUACUGAUGGGCGGUGCGAAAGAGUGUUCUACUGGUAUGGCAAACAUCGCCAUUAAGCGAAACGUUGCUGAUGUGGCUUUUGAUCACCAUUUGACUAUUUAGUUUGCUGAAGAUGCAUUUACGCUGGAUGACAAAUGUACAAAAAGCACUAAAAUUUGUAUUUUACGUCAAUAAAAUUCACCAAUCACCAGUUAAAACAAUAUCUGUUAAAAAAAACUAA